AUGUCUCUCUUUCGAUAUAAUCGUGUUCUAUUAUCUCAUUUAAUAUCAUCAAAACAAACAAGACUUAUAAGUCCAAAUCAUUGUUCGUCAAUAAUCAUUCGUCAUGCAACCGAAAUUCGUUCACGAAAACCCAUACAAAAAGAUACAAAUACAAAACAACGAAAAAAUACUGUUAAUCCAAUAGCACAAAUACUUUCGGAUGAAAACUUGGAAGCCAUAUACAAUCGUUUUGAUCCACUUCGUGAAGAUAUGUCAAAAGAUCCAGCUUUUCUUGAUCAAUUAGCAACAAUUAAAAAUCCUUUACAAAAUAUAAUUCAUUUAAAAGAUAAUGAUAUUCGAUUUACUAAUCGUAUAAUGAAAGCAAAAAAUCGUCAAGAACGUUAUAAAAAAGGUUAUGUUUUACUUGAAGGAAAACGUCUAAUAGCUGAUGCAAUACAAGCCGGUGCUGAUCUUUUAACAAUAUUUGUUACUGAUCGACAAAUUUUAGAUACAAUUGAUUUUUCACCAACAGAUCUCAAUUUUACUGCUUAUCAAAUUUCAUCAAGUGCAUUUCGUACUUGGUCAGAUGUACAAACAAGUCAAGGUGUUAUGGCAAUAUUUGCAAUGCCACAACCAGAUCAUUGUUUAUUUAAAGAACGUAUAACUCUUCCAAUAACUGUUAUUUGUGAUAAUGUACGUGAUCCAGGAAAUAUGGGAACAAUAAUUCGAACAUGUGCUGCUGUUGGUUGUGAUCGUUUAAUUGCAAUAAAAGGUUGUGUAGAUAUUUGGGAUCCAAAAGUAAUUCGUUCUGGUAUGGGUUCACAUUUUCGUUUACCUAUGAUAAAUGAUAUUGGAUGGGAAACGAUUACUAAUCAUCUGCCAGAAAAUAGUAACGUUUAUCUUGCUGAUCAUAAAUAUUCAUACGAAGAAAAAGAUACAACUAAUGACGAUAAUAAUCCAUCAAAAAAAAUGUUUGAAGAAAUGCUUGAAAAACGAAAACAAAUGAAACGUACAAAUACAACAGAAGAUCGUUCAUAUUUAGUAUCAAAUAAUCGUUUUUUACCAUUAUAUAAAAAUAUUCCUAUUGAUUAUCAAUCAUUAUGGAAAGCAUUUUUAAAUAUAAAAUCAACUGAUCAUUCAACAAUAAUUGUUGGUGGUGAAACAGAAGGCACAAGUCUUCAAGCACGAAAAUUAAUAAUUGAACAUAAUGGUAAAAUGGUUUAUAUACCAUUAUUAAAUGAUGUUGAAAGUUUAAAUGUCAGUAUUGCAUUAAGUGUUAUUUUAAUUGAAUUAAGAAAAUCUUAUGAAGAUAUCGUUCAAAAAUCAUAUGCAAUUAAAGAAAAAGAUGAUCAUUAA